UCUUCAAAUCACCCAAGAUGUCUUUCAGUGAUCAACAGUGCAAGCAACCAUGUGUGCCACCUCCAUGUCUUCAAAAGACCCAAGAAAAGUGCCAGGCACAAGCUGAGGAAGGGUGUGUUCCCUCGUGUCAGGACCCCUGCCAAGACAAAUGUCCACUCCAAGCUCAGGAGGCAUGUGAUCCUCAGUGCCAGGAGAUAAGCCAAGGAAACUGCCCUCAGCAAGGCCAAGAUCCAUGCCUACCUCCAAGCCAAGACCAGUGCCUGCCUCAGUGUGUGGAGUCAUGUCAGGAGCUAGCCCAAACAAAAUGUGUGGAGGAGUUCCCACAGAAGCUCCAGGAGAAGUGCUCAUCCCAGGGCAAGGGAAAGUAGCUGCUCAUAUGCCAUCUGGAGUCAAGAAGAUGGCCAACAGAAGAAAAUCUAAUCCCAGUCCCCACUCCGGUGACCUUCUCCUGUGGGUAUCUCUGUACGAUACACCUUCUUGUCUCCUGACUUCCCCAGGAUUUCAGGACUUGGUCUGUGCCUCUGAAGAUAGUUCUCUGUAUCUCCCCAACCUCUGUGAAUGAGUACUCUUCUCUGCAGUUGGUGGACAGUCUCUAGCACAGGAGUGGUGUGGUUAUCCAGGGAGACCACCAAAGCCUAACACAGCUGUCCUGCGGCAAAAGCUCAACUAUCCCUUGGUACAUAUUGACCAAGGAUGCCUCUGUUCACCUUUCAGAGUGCAAGGCUCUCUUUCAAGCCUCAACACAACCUGAAUUUAAUGGCUUUAUUCUAGGUAUCGCCACUACAGCAGGUGUUAGGAAGAGGUCGGUGGUGCUACCAAAUCAAAAAUGGUGUAGCUUUGUUUCUGCAUCCUUACAAAAUAUGGUCGGACAUUGUAAUGUGCCCUGUGCUUUGUAAAACUGUUUUAAAAGAUUGAAUUCAAACAGGCAGUAAGGAAACACAAGUUGGGAUCUUGGGAUCUCUGUCAGUCUUUGUGCUUCAUGGAAGGUCUGCUUUGAACCAUGUGGUUUGAGGGGGCUUUGGAUGCCGUGUAUGGUCUUUAGUUUGUGUCUCUGUGACAGGAGCUGGUUUGUCCCCAGCUCCCUUGCCUUUCUCUCCUUGGUGAAAGUAAAAUAUAUAAUAAAGCUGUUCCUAAGCUGAU